GCCCACAGUUAUUCUUUUUUGUUUUACGGUGUAUUUAAAGUACAUUAAAACGUAAAUCUAUGUUAGGUCACACACACAGACCAUUAUGUUGUAUAGUAGUAAACAAAAAUACUAAUAAAAACCUUCCGUCCCUUUAGUUGUGCGCAGCUUCCUGCAGGAGUGAAACUUUACUGACACUGGAGAACUGCAGAGUGACAUGGACAAAACAGAUUUGCCCCCAGUGGGUCCUGAUGAUUUGCCCCUGUCUCUGCUGGAGAUGGGCUGCUCGGGGAGACUUGAGCUCAUCACACACCCACUGCCCCAAAACAGACCCCUGCCUCCACACAGCACACUUCCCCAUGGGCUCCCUCCUACUUGUCUAGAUCUAAAAACAGAGGUAGAAAAGCGUUUUCUGCGAGACCCUGCUUGGCUCCCGGUACACGGUGUAGAUGAUGCCUUCCACAAGUUCCUUAAGAUAAGUAAGCGGAACAAAGAGGUGGACUCUCUCCUGCACUGCUCACUGUCUCCACUGCACUCCGGUCUGUCUGUGGUCAGAGAUCCCACCACCGGUAUGCUGCUGGAUUUCACUGAGGUGUUAUUAGAGGACACAGGAUUGUCUGCCAAAAAUUCUCUCUCAUUACAAAGACAGCCUGGACCUCCGUCAGAGAGUCUGAGAGGGAGUAACACAAACUAUCCAUUUCUGCCAGCUGGAAUGGAAGAACUGACGUUAGAGCAGAUUAAGAAAAAGUCAGAGCUGGAAGAAGACAUUGACUUUGAGGAAGAUUUGUUGGCGGUUCCUCCUGGGCUGAAGGCUGGUAUGGACUUCAGUGACAAAGAAGCCAAAACCACGAAGAGUGAGUUGAACCUGUUGUCACUACUGUCGACCUUUGAUGAUGUCAUCGACGCUCUGCCAGAGGAGAAAGAGGGAGUCUCCCAAAAAGAGGAGACCGUUAAACUUCCCAGAACUAACAGCCUGGAGGACCUGGGAAUUAAAGAUUCAGGCAACUCUCCUUCUCAGCCUUCAGCGAACACAGUAAGUCUGACUGAACAAAAGAAGAAACCUCAGCAAGAAGACAAGGGAGACAAUAAAAAAUGGGCCGUUCCUGUGGACAUCACCUCACCCUGUGACGACUUCUACAAGCGUAUCCCUGAUCCAGCCUUCAAGUAUCCCUUCGAGCUGGACGUGUUUCAGAAGCAGGCUAUUCUCCGACUCGAAGCUCAUGACUCCGUCUUUGUCGCGGCUCACACCUCAGCCGGCAAGACCGUGGUGGCUGAAUACGCAAUUGCACUUUCCCAGAAACACAUGACCAGGACCAUUUACACAUCCCCCAUCAAGGCCUUGUCCAAUCAGAAGUUCCGGGACUUCAAGACCACAUUCGGUGACGUGGGACUUUUGACUGGAGAUGUCCAACUGAGCCCUGAAGCCUCGUGUCUCAUCAUGACCACUGAGAUCUUGAGAUCUAUGCUCUAUAAUGGGUCCGAGGUAAUUCGAGAUCUGGAAUGGGUCAUUUUUGAUGAGGUUCACUAUAUCAACGAUGCAGAGAGGGGAGUGGUGUGGGAGGAAGUGCUUAUCAUGUUGCCAGAGCAUGUUAGCAUCAUCCUACUGAGUGCCACAGUGCCAAACGCAGUGGAGUUCAGUGAAUGGAUUGGGCGUAUCAAGAAGCGGCCCAUCUAUGUGAUCAGCACAAUUAAGAGGCCUGUUCCUCUAGAGCACUAUCUCUACACCGGCAACAGCACCAAGACUCAGAAAGAGCUCUUCCUGUUGCUGGACCCCUCUGGAAACUUCCUCACUAAAGGCUACUAUGCCGCAGUGGAAGCCAAGAAGGAACGCACUAGUAAACAUGCACAGUCUUUCGGCACAAAGAACGUGUCACAGCACAACACAACAGCCAGUCAAGAUCGAGCCGUGUGGCAGACGCUGCUGAGCUAUCUGUCUCAGAGGCAGCAGACUCCAGUGGUGGCAUUCACCUUCUCCCGGACACGCUGUGAUGAAAACGCCCGCUCUUUGACCUCUCUGGACCUCACCAGCUCCAUAGAGAAGAGCGAGAUCCACUCCUUCCUGCAGAAGAGCCUGACCAGACUGAGAGGAGGCGAUCGGCAGUUACCGCAGAUCCUGUUGAUGCGUGAUUUGCUGAAGAGAGGGAUUGGUGUUCACCACAGCGGCAUCCUGCCAAUCCUGAAGGAGAUUAUUGAGAUGCUCUUCUCCAGAGGUUUAGUAAAGGUGCUGUUUGCUACAGAGACGUUUGCCAUGGGUGUGAACAUGCCUGCCAGAACCGUCGUGUUCGACAGCAUCCGCAAACAUGACGGCACAGGCUUCAGAAACCUGCUGCCCGGUGAGUACAUUCAGAUGGCGGGCCGUGCGGGCAGAAGAGGUUUGGAUGCUACAGGGACUGUUAUCAUCCUCUGUAAGGCGGGAGUUCAUGAUAUGGGAGACCUCCACGCCAUGAUGCUGGGGAAGCCGACAGUGCUGCAUUCUCAGUUCAGACUGACCUACACCAUGAUCCUGAAUCUGCUGCGUGUGGAGGCCCUGAGGGUCACCGACAUGAUGAGGAGGAGCUUUUCUGAGAACCACAGGGAUACGCAGGCUCAUGAGAAGAGAAUAAGUGAGCUGAGAAACACACUCUCCUCUCUCCCUCCGCUGGACACGGAGGGGCAGUUAUCUGAUUUACUGUCAUAUUACCACACCAUCACAGAGCUGCGCAUCACCACAGAGACCCUGCAGCGAGCUGUACUGGAGUCAAUGAAUGGACUGAAAGCUCUGUCUGUGGGGAGGGUGGUAAUAGUGAGCAACGGCCAGCAUCACAACGCCCUGGGAGUCAUUCUACAGGUGUCCAACGAUGCAGUAAAUCGCACGUUCACCGCUCUCAUUAUCUGUGAGAAGGGUAACGAGGAGGCGGCGGGUGAUGAUCUGUCUAAUAAAGCCUUCCAUCCCAUCUACAGCACUACACUGUUUAUUCCAGAGGGACCCUGCAGUCACACGGUGCAGAAACUGAAGUUGCAGGACAUCUCUGCCAUCACAACCAAAACCCUCAAGGUCAUUCCAGAGAGAAUCAUCGACAACUAUAAUAAAAGACAGCAGCCACGCUUCAGACUUGAUCCACCAGGUCAGGCUAUUUCUACAGCAACUCAGGAGCUCCUGCGAUUGGCUGAGGCCAAUCCAAAUGGUAUUACGACCCUGGACCCUGUGAAUGACCUGCACCUGAAGGGUGUGGAUGUGGUGGAGGGAGUGAUGAGGCACCGAGUGUUACAGGACUGUCUGAAAGACUUCCACUGUAUCCACUCACCCACCUUCACUGAACAGUUUGCACGUGUGCAGGAGAGGAUGAGUGUACAGGAAGAGCUUGACAAGCUUCUGUUCCUGGUGUCUGAUCAGUCAUUGACACUGCUGCCUGAGUACCAUCAGAGAAUCAAGGUGCUGGAAGCGCUGCAGUAUGUGGACAGCACUGGGGCGGUUGAGCUGAAGGGUCGUGUGGCGUGUCAGAUCAGCAGUCAUGAGCUGCUACUGACCGAACUCCUGUUUGAGAACACACUGAGUCCUCUCGCCCCUGAGGAGAGCGCCGCCCUGCUGUCCUGCCUCGUCUUCACACAAAACACCCAGAUAGACCCGCACAUCACCAACACGCUACAGGAGGGCAUCAAUCAAGUACUCAGUGUGGCACAGCGUAUUGGUGAGCUGCAGAUGGAUUGUGGGAUAGCUCAGACUGCUGAAGACUUUGUGGCCCAGUUCAAGUUCGGCCUGACUGAGGUUGUGUACUGCUGGGCAAGAGGCAUGCCGUUUGCUGAGAUUGCCCAGCUGACGGAUGUGCAGGAGGGGACGAUCGUACGCUGUAUCCAGAGGCUGGACGAGGUCCUGAAGGAAGUGAGACAGGCUGCGCGCAUUGUGGGUGACUCUGUCCUGGGCAGCAAGAUGGAAAGAGCCUCGCUGGCCAUACGCAGAGACAUUGUGUUCACCGCCUCGCUCUACACUCACUGAGAGAGAGGGAGACAGAAUGUGUUUGCGUGUUGAUUGGGAUAUAAAAUAGAGCGUACAGAAUAUGGACCUGAGAGACUGUAGGCUACUUGAAUUACUGAGUGCAUGUUUACAUUAAGUUGAGUAUGCAUGUGUGAGUGAAGGAGUAAUUCACACCUGACCAAAAUUGUGAUCUCAAUAUGAAAUGGAGGUUGACAUCAGUCAUAACU